UAGUGCUGUUUUAGAUUGGUCAGAUGUAUUUGCAGCACGCUUGGGGAUCUUGUGAAACUUUCUUCACUCUUUGCUUUUAAAAAAUCUUCCCUUACUCAAACAUUUUGUUAGUUCAUAAAUCAUCAUAUGAUCUGUGUUUCUGGCAGCAUUACUCAAGCUUAUCGUUCUCUUUAGUACUAUCAUUUAUUAUACUGGUUGCUGAAAGCAAAAAUAUCAAAAUGGUAUGGCAUCUUCAGAUAAGCCAGAAGUAGUUGACAGGGAUGUCAAGGAGAAAGAGCACGAGAAUGACAAAGAUAAAGAGAAGGGCGGAUUCAUUGAGAAGGUGAAGGAUUUCAUUCAUGACAUUGGUGAGAAGAUUGAAGAAGCAAUUGGGUUUGGAAAGCCAACUGCAGAUGUUACGGCCAUCCACAUUCCCUCCAUUAAUCUAGAGAAGGCAGACUUUGUUGUUGAUGUGCUGAUAAAAAACCCAAAUCCUGUUCCAAUCCCUCUGAUUGACAUAAAUUAUCUGAUUGAGAGUGAUGGAAGGAAAUUAGUUUCAGGCUUGAUCCCAGAUGCCGGUACAAUCCAUGCACAUGGCGAGGAGACUGUCAAAAUUCCAGUUUCUUUGAUUUACGAUGACAUAAAAAAUACAUAUGAUGAUAUUAAGCCUGGAAGCAUCAUUCCUUAUAAAGUCAAGGUGGAUCUCAUUGUUGAUGUUCCUGUUUUUGGACGGCUGACUUUACCAGUUGAGAAAACUGGAGAGAUUCCGAUACCUUACAAGCCAGAUAUUGAUAUUGAGAAGAUAAAAUUUGAGCAAUUCUCUUUUGAAGAAACUGUUGCGGUGCUCCAUUUGAAAUUAGAAAACAAAAAUGAUUUUGACUUGGGCCUCAAUGCGCUAGACUAUGAGGUUUGGCUAUGUGAUGUUAGCAUUGGAGGUGCAGAGCUUUUGAAGUCUACUCAAAUCAACAAAAAUGGAAUAACUUACAUUGAUGUUCCCAUCACAUUCAGGCCUAAGGACUUUGGCUCUGCACUUUGGGACAUGAUGAGAGGAAAGGGUACUGGUUACAGCAUGAAAGGACACAUCGAUGUUGACACGCCCUUUGGAGCAAUGAAAUUGCCCAUCAGCAAAGAGGGUGGUACUACCCGUCUCAAGAAGAAGAAAGAAGAUGGUGGCGAUGACGACGAUGAUGACGAGGAUUAAGGAGGGCAUUGGAAUUAUCACUCAUACUGUCACCUAUCGUUACCUAUUGUCACCUGUUAUCGCCUAUUGUCAACUAUUAUCACCUAUUGUCUAUUUAUCUGUAGUGUUGUGUAUCUAUAUAGAUAAACAUACACUUUAUCUGCUCCUGAUUGAUAGUAUUUUCAGUCUCUUUGACGGAGUAGUACACUUAAUUUAAGCAUAUGAAUCCUCGUGGACAUAAGGGGACAUUGCUGGAAGAUUUAUUUAUGCAUUUGUGUUGGUGUGUCACUUCUGAGACUUGUGGUCUGCUUAAUGUUGAUGGUUAUGUUGAUGCUUUUUACCAAUAA